AUGGCUCGCCUCAUGCAACAGAAGCACGAGGUCCCGUGGACGUCUCGCCGUUUGAAACGAUUCUACCGCCACCGUGAUCUGGUCUCGAAAGCGUGGGCCCGAUGCGACCUGCUCUACGAUACCACGGCCAUUUGCGAAGCGGUCCCCUCACUGCUCAACAGCACCUCGCGAGACGACUUACCAUUCGUCAAAUACGUCAAGACGCUCAGAACGGCCGAGUCUAUGCACCGAGCUGGCAUCGCCGCCAUCCGACAUCGCCACAACGUCACCCUUGGCCUCAAGUUUGCGCCGUAUCAUCUCUCCCGUUCAGCGGAGGACUUGCGUAUCUUCCAGGUACAGUUGCCGGCGCUUAUGCGCGAGCUGCACGACAAGAUCUACCUCCUUAACAUGGGGUUCAUGGCGGGGAAGAACGAAGCUGGAGUAGCCCUAAUGGUCGACCUCAAGGAGUGCCACAUGCGUCAUCGUACUUCAACUGUCCAUGAGAAGCCCGAGAUUACUGCACCCUUUUGGCGAGCUUCACAGCAUGCCCGGGGUGGUUUCCAGCCAUCCACAGACAGUGGCAGCAGUUAA